AAGAGGAGGCUGCGGAGGAGGAGGAGGAAGGUGAGGCCCUGGACUCCGCAGCUCCCCAAAUCCUCGCUUCUCCUCCCGCCCCCUCCCCAGCCCCCGAGGAGCCGGAGCCGGUGGCUGAGCGAGAAGAGGAGCGCCCCAAACCAAGCCGGCCCGUGGUACCUCCGCUGAUCCCCCCAAAGAUCCCAGAGGGGGAACGUGUGGACUUCGAUGACAUACACCGGAAGCGCAUGGAAAAAGAUCUGCUGGAGCUGCAGACGCUCAUUGAUGUGCAUUUUGAACAGCGGAAGAAAGAGGAAGAGGAGCUUGUGGCGCUAAAAGAACGCAUUGAGCGGCGCCGGUCGGAGAGAGCUGAGCAACAGCGCUUCAGAACUGAGAAGGAGCGCGAGCGUCAGGCUAAGCUGGUGGAGGAGAAGAUGCGGAAGGAAGAGGAAGAGGCCAAGAAGCGGGCUGAGGACGACGCCAAGAAGAAGAAGGUUCUGUCCAACAUUGGGGCCCACUUUGGGGGCUACCUGGUCAAGGCAGAACAGAAGCGGGGUAAGCGCCAGACAGGGCGUGAGACGAAAGUGCGCGUCUUGUCGGAGCGUAAAAAGCCUCUGAACAUCGACCACAUGGGAGAAGAACAGCUCCGGGAGAAGGCCCAGGAACUGUCGGACUGGAUCCACCAGUUGGAGUCCGAGAAGUUUGACCUGAUGGAGAAGAUGAAGCAGCAGAAAUAUGAGAUCAAUGUUCUGUACAAUCGCAUCAGCCACGCCCAGAAGUUCCGGAAGGGGGCCGGGAAGGGCCGCGUUGGAGGCCGCUGGAAGUGAGGAUCUGGGCGCUGCCCCCCGACCCCCCUCCAGGCACCCGGGAGCCCUGGGAGUGUGUGUCCCAUCUGUGGCUUGAAAUAAAUGCUCCCCCCGCAGCA